UGAGAAGUACACAGGUCCUGGUCGCCUGGGAAACCGCGUGUCAACAAGAUGGCGGGGCCGGAACAGCACGCUGUACCCUUGUGGGUGUUCCUGAUAGGUAGCAUCUAGAGUAGAACUAUGAGCUCACCUCUGGCCUCCCUUAGAAAGACCCGGAAAGUGCCCCUGCAGUCGGAGCCUGUGAACCCUGGGAGGCGAGGGAUAAGAAUCUAUGGAGACGAAGAUGAGGUGGACAUGCUGAAUGACGGACACGGCUCUGAAGAAAGGCUCUCUGUCCCUUCGUGCUACAGCAGCAGAGCUGCCCCUGUGAGGAGCCAAGGCCCUGCCUUCCCGGACCCAGACCCAGACCCAGAGCUGUUGGCCUCCAUGACAAGGAAGCUGCAGGACCUCGAGCAGCAGGUGCAGGCCCAGACUGACGAGAUGCUGUCCAAGGACCAGAAGAUACUGGCCCUGGAAGAGUUGGUAAAGACCCUCCAGCAGCAGCAGGGUGACGUGAGCAUGCAGCAGCAGGAAGAGCUGGAGACCUUGUGCACGCAGCUUCAACAGCAGGUCGGGGAGAUGGAGCGGUUCCUCAGUGACUAUGGCCUGCAGUGGGUGGGCGAGCCCAUGGACCAGGAGAACUCUGAGGACAAGACCGUCUCGGAGGAUGACACAAGGGACCGGAUGACGGCCAAGAAGUUCUGGAAGCCAGGGGAUUCGUUGGUGACCCCGGAGGUGGACUUUGACAGGCUGCUGGCCAGCCUGAAGGAUCUCAGUGAGCUGGUGGUAGAGGGUGACACGCAGGUGAUACCAGUUCCUGGCGGGGCGCGGCUCCAUGCCCUUGAGCCCAUCCCACUGAAGCUCUACCAGAAUGGAAUCAUGAUGUUCGAUGGGCCCUUCCGACCCUUCCAUGACCCUGCCACACAGCGCUGCCUCCGGGACAUACUGGAUGGCUUCUUCCCUUCAGAGCUCCAGCGACUGUACCCCAAUGGAGUCCCCUUUAAGGUAAGCGACCUGCAUGACCAGGUCUACCCAGUGGAUAGGCUGGGCCCAUUCCCAGGCAGAGGUUGUGUGGUGGGCUGGCAAAGAAUGCUCAAGGCCUCAGACAGGAUGGAGGAGCACCCAGGGAUGACUGCCAAGAAAUUUCUGAACAGGCUUCCUAAAUUUGUGAUCCGACAAGGCGAGGUGAUUGACAUCCGGGGUCCCAUCAGGGACACCUUGCAGAACUACUGCCCAUUGCCUGUCCCGAUCCAGGAGAUCAUAGUGGAGACACCUGCCUUGGCUGCUGAGCGACAGAGGAGCCAGGAAUCACCCAACACACCAGCUCCCCCACUCUGCAUGCUGCGCGUCAAGUCCGAGAAUGGGGAGCAGGCCUUCCUACUGAUGAUGUGGCCCGAGGACACUGUUGGCACCGUGCGUGCCCUGCUAGCGCAGGCCAGGGCCGUGGAUGCUACCACUUUUGAGAUCUUCAGCACAUUCCCACCCACAGUCUACCAGGAUGAUGCACUUACACUGCAGGACACAGGCCUGGUGCCCAGUGCAACGCUGCUAUUGCGGGCAUGCAGGGCCCAGUUGCCCAACCCCAGCUUUGGCCCCAGCUUGGGCUCUGGCCCCAGCCCUGAAUAAAGUGCUGCCUCUGACACAAUCAGCUCUACAGGGCUCUCUUGGC